UGUGUGUAGUGAGCCUGCAGCACCCAGAAGUGAACAAAGCGACCCGGAAGCGGUGGUCCGACUGGAGGCAGCAGGCAGAAAGAACAUCAAGCUUUUAUAUUAUAGCUGGAGCUAGUCUGUCUGUCUGUCUCUCUAUCUACUCUGCAACACCAGGAUGGCGGAGCCGCGAUUUAACAGUCCGUAUUUCUGGCCGCCACCUCCAUCCAUGCCAGGCCAGCUGGAUAACCUGGUGCUCAUUAACAAGAUUAAGGAGCAGCUGAUGGCCGAGAAGAUCCGACCCCUGCACCUGCCGCCUACCUCCGCCCAAUCCCAGCAGUCUCUGCUGGUGCAGACCUCGUCUCCGGACGGCGGCGCUCAGCACGUCAUGUCGGUGCCGAAGCCCCAGCAGCAGCAGCAGGUGCAGGGCCACCACCCGCAGCCGCAGGGCUCCGGACAGCCGGACAUCGCUCUGCACGCUCGCCCGGCGUCCAGCUCUGGACCAGAUUAUGCGGUGGUGACGAUAUUCUCAGACAUGGCAGAUGGAAACAUGGACGAUAAGUCGGCGGUGAAGGCCAAAGGAUUGUGGGAAGACUGGCACAUGAGACAGCUCAGCGAGCAACAGAACCGGCUCAACCAUCGCUCAGUAGUUUUCACAUCUCCAGGUCUGGCUCCUUCAUCCCGACCCGACAGCCACGGCACCUCAGAGGCCCUGACCCCCACCACUCCCACCUCCAGCCUCCAGAACCGCCUGGGCGGCGCCCAAUCCGUGAACAUCAUCUCCGGGCUGGCCAGCGGUCCCGGCAUGGACCACAUGAAAGUCGGAGGCCUGGCCGGACUGUUGGGCCCCCCGCCGAAGGCCCCCCGUGGGCGGAAGAAGAUCAAAGCUGAACACGCGACCGGUCCUCUGCUGGUGGUGCCCUACCCGCUCAUCACCGACCACGGCUGCGUCACCGUGGCACCCAAAGAGGGCAAAACCUACAGAUGCAAAGUGUGCCCGCUCACCUUCUUAACCAAGUCAGAGAUGCAGAUUCACUCCAAGUCCCACACGGAGGCCAAACCACACAAGUGUCCCCACUGCUCCAAGACAUUCGCCAACGCCUCCUACCUGGCCCAGCACCUGCGCAUCCACCUGGGGAUCAAGCCCUACCACUGCUCCUACUGCGAGAACUCCUUCCGUCAGCUGUCACACCUGCAGCAGCACACCAGAAUCCACACAGGCGAUCGGCCGUAUAAAUGUGCUCACCCCGGAUGUGAAAAGGCUUUUACCCAGCUGUCUAACCUCCAGUCUCACCAGAGGCAGCACAAUAAAGACAAGCCGUAUAAAUGUCCUAACUGCUACCGUGCCUACUCCGACUCCGCGUCGUUGCAGAUCCACUUGUCAGCUCACGCCAUCAAAAACGCGAAGGCCUACUGCUGUAGCAUGUGCGGCCGGGCGUACACCUCAGAGACCUACCUUAUGAAGCACAUGUCCAAACACACGGUGGUGGAGCACCUAGUGAGCCACCAGUCGCCUCAGAGGACCGAGUCCCCCAGCAUCCCCAUACGCAUCUCCCUCAUCUGAGCCGCUCAGCAGCAGGUCGGAUUCAGAGUCUACGUCAGGCUGGAGCUCAUGAGGCCCUGCACCCACAGCCAUCUACAUAAGGCUUACUUUAGCAUUAUGACAGCUGACAUAAGCAUUCAGUGCUAGAUUCAGUAAAAACAGGCCGCCUCCAUCCAUCUCGAUAACAGGCCGCCUGUCAAAAAUGAGCACAGCGUUAUUUUGUGAAUGUAAAAAAAAAAAAAAAAAAAUACAGCUAGAUGUUGUCCGGAGGAUCGAGUGGCAAAGAAUGUCUUGCGUCAGAUUUAAUAAGCACUUUCGUAAGCAUCAUGUAAACUGCCGGAUGCAUUGGCCAUCAGAAAUGUUUUAGUUAGUUGUUUUUUUUCCUCUUCCAUGAAAUGGGUUUUUCCAAAAUGUGCCAGAUGAUAUUCGCCCUUAUAAAGAAUUGAGAGAAAAAAUAAAAUGUUUGCUGGGUGUAUUGUGGAGACAUCCAAAGAUAAUCUUAAAGCACUUUUAGGCCUCGUGGUUUUGGCUCAAAUUGUUUCAAUCUCGUUGGAUGGGAAAUGCUAAAGGGCAUUACUUAUGGCAGCUAAAGAGUACCGACUGUUUAAAAAACAAAACAGUCUUUUUAUGUUUCUUUUUGUAUAUUUUACACAUUUACAGGGUCAUCUUAAAAUUUGAAGAAAGGCAAUCGGUAGAUGACAAUUUAACCAUUUGAUGAUUGUAUUAUUGACUUGGGGGAGGCCAAUAAGUAGAGCGACAUGGAAGGGAAGAAGGAUGAAUGUUUUUUUUUUUAUUAUUUUUCACUCCAUUUUUGACAUUACGGCACCUUUUACGAUCGUAACACAUGAUCAAAGAAACACUGCUUUUUAUAUAUAUUAUGUUUUCCUCACGUCCCAGUAACUUAGUGCCAUAAUAUAUGAACCUUGUUGAAGGUUUUAAGAGUGUGUGUCUACUUUCUCUACUCAGUUAAGCUUUGACUAUUAUAAGUAUUAGAGGUUGAAUACGUUGCACAUGUAUCAGUGCCAGCUCUGCUCUACUCAGCCCGACUUUUAAAAACACACUUUCAGCUGAAAAUGAAAUUUUACUCGAGGUGGUAAAUUUUAAAACCCAAACAUUGGACCAAAAUGUGAAGUUAUUGUACAGCUACUCUGACCCAGUUAAGUAUUUUUUUAAUAAGCUUUACCCAUUUGGAAUAAACUGCAGUAUAAUUCAUAUUCCACCUUUGUUUAUGAGUUAACGUGGAGGUGAUGCUUCUCCUUUUUCAUUUCUUUUUCUCCUUUGUAUUCUUUUUAUUGUACACAGUAUUGUUUGUUGUAUUUUUACUGUAACUUUAACCUCUGGAUGGUACUAACAGUACCCUGUAUUCUUCAGGGCACUUCAGAAAAAGGUGCUACGGCUAAACGUUUGAGACGGAACUGAGAAUAAUGUAAAAUACAUAUACAGUAUAUAGUAUGUUUUCAAAAGAAUAAAAACUUAUUACUCAAGCCACUGGCCUGAAAAACAGACAUUUAACGCCAACAACAGACCCUGCCUCUUCAACUUACUCUCUCUUCUGAGAUAAUGGGAAAAUGUACAUGUUGCUGUACUGUAAAACAUGUUAACUCAUUUAUAGUACCUAUUUUUUAGUUUUCAUAAACAUGCUCCGUUUGGGUUUUUGUAAAAGUUUAUGUAUGAACUUACUGUAAUUAUUUUAGUCUACCCAUAUGUUAUUAAUAUUCAUGUUUUAUAUCAGUUAUUUACAUGUAAGCCUUAACUGUUUUAUCAUCCCAUUUCCAUUACUCUGUAUUGUGUUCUGCAGUAUUCAGUCGUGUAAAACAUUUUCAUUUUUUUCCUUCCGCAUGGAGUUCCUGAGCUGUAAUCUGUAUGAUAACUGUUUAACCCAUGUUCUCUAUGAAAAGAUAUUGCGUAGAUUUAUUACACUUUUUCCCGUCUUGCAUUGUGGUUUCAUAUACAGUUUCUAGACGACUAAAUAUGCACAGCCAAGACUGAGGAGUUAAACUAAGGUUAUCAAUGUUUAAAAAAGGAAAAAAAGCUUUGUAUCUUUACCUUGUUUAAUAAACAGACUGUUAUAAAUUCA